AUGACUUCAAAUUCCAACUUCAGAGUCAAUGACACUUGGUCUUUAACGACUCCUCAUGAUGACAUGAAUACGUCUCAGCAAUUUGAUUUAGAUAAUUAUUUCUCUUGUCUUGACUUUGUAUUCGACGAUAUGGAUCAAUCAACUAUUGAUUCGUUCUUUGAGAGCAGGCAAGAUGAAUGGCUUGAAAGAGAAGAAGAAAGACGGGUUUUUAUUAUGCGACGACAAGACAAUACAAUACAAAAUCGUCUUCUUCUUCCUUCUCAACAUCAUCAACGUAUUCACGAUGUGUUGAAAGAAGUGAUCAAUUGCACCAUUCCCUCAACUGGUAUUAAUUCGACCAUUAAUUAUUACUUUAUUGAUUUUAAUGAUAUUAUCAUUUAUACGAAUUCAAAUGAUCUAUUUAACCUUUCAAUCGGACUUGUUCAACGACAACAAAAAUCAUUUUUAAGUUUAAAUGUAAAUGCUUUUAAGAAAAGAUUUGAUGAUAUUGAAUGGAACAUGGAAUCUUAUAAAAUGAAAAAACAACCAAAUGCUGGCGGUGGAAGUCUCUUGUCAGAAAUCUUUUCUUGUGAGAUUAUCACGAGGAUCUUGAAUGUGGAGUUGUUUAAAACCGAGAUGGAAAUCGAUUACUUUUUCAUAAAUCAGCCAAUGACCGAUUAUUUGGUUAAUUUUCGUCAUCCUUUUAAUCAAACUACUACCUUGACACUUGGAGUAUCAGUGACCAGAGCGUUCGCAUAUAAAAGAAGGUACACAAAACUUGACGCGUAUCGCCUCUUAACGAAAAAACUUGCAGGAAUCAAUUGUUCUACAAGGAAUAUUACGAACGCAAAAUUAUGGAAGCAAGUUUUACAUAUCUGGUGCCCAAGUGGAAAAGUCGCAAAGGUUGUUAGGAAGGUUUACAAUAAGUUGGAUAAUAAAUUAAAAAGUAAUACCGUCGUUAUCGUUACAAUCGUUAAUUGUAAAUGGGUCUUCACCAAUAAACGAUAG